CAUCCAUUCAGUCAGUGAACAUCGCCGUAUCUCGGAGGUACGAAGAUGGCUUCUUCAGGCCUCGAGAAGGAGCGGCCUGGCCAAGCCACCUUCACACGCAGAUCCUCUUCAUCUCCCAUCUACUUCUACCUCUUUUCUUUCUCUGGAGCAUUUCAUUGGCGGUCGUUCUAUUUGCAUCCUCUCGUACAAUGGGUGCUGGCCUUCAUGAUCUCUCUCACAGCCGCGGCGGCCAUACCCGGCCUCGACUUGAUUUACGGCAUCUGGACUCAGGAUAUCACAGCUGCUGGAGCCUCUUCUCAGUCCAUACGUGACGCGUCAAAUCGAGCAGGAUAUAUCAUGUUUGCCGUUGGAUGCUCUCAGCUCUUGCUCUUUUGGAUGUCAAUGUACCUCUUCAUGCUAUCCAGUGAAGAGCUGACCAAUCGAGUACGGGUGGUUUAUGUCUCGUCGGUCCUGGCAAAGAACACUUCGUAUUUCGCAGAUCAUGGGCCAGGCGAGCUGUCCAGCAGGAUAGGCACGGAUAUAGAGGCUGUCCGCGUGGGGCUCGGUGAGAAGAUGGCAUACGUCGGCCAGUCAUUGGGCAUCAUGGUUGCAUCGACUAUACUGGGCUUUGUUAGGUCAGCAAGCGUCGCGGGAGUCCUCUUCCCCAUCAUUCCUCUUGUGUUGGGACUCUUCACACUUUUGGGGAUCGCUUCGGAAAAGAUUUCAUCUCCAGCAUCUAUCCUAGACGGGCAGGUCGCCACCUAUAUGGAGCAAUUAUUGACCGCACCCCGCAUUGUACAUGCCUUUGACGCAACGCAAACAUUGCUACGCAAGCUGGACAGGGCCUUCCUGACCCCUCUUUCAAAGUGGAAUAGACGUAGAGCAAUGAUCCGUGCGGUAGAGCUCUCGGCAGUCUACGUUAUCCUGCUGUGGCUCUACGGCGCCUUUUUCGCGUGGGGUGCUCAUCAGAUCUCCGGCGGCAGCACGACAGUAGGCCCAGCGAUCACAGCAUUCUGGAGCUUUGUCAACGUCUUUUUCUCCUUGGCUAAUCUCGUGCCACAUCUCGGCUCGAUCAUGCAAGCCUUUGCCUCGCUCAAAGCCCUGCGUCACACGAUUGAAGAGAUUCCAGCAAUCGAUGCGAGGGAUGCAAGCGGCAUCCGCAUCGCAGACGAUGCAGGACGCGCCCCUAGCUUCCGAUUUGAAGACGUCACUUACGCAUACCCGUCUCGGCCCAGGGUGGCCGCUCUCGACCGAAUCAAUCUCGAAAUCGAAGCCAACAAGGUUACAGCUUUCGUGGGCGCCAGCGGUUCCGGCAAAUCAACGAUGAUGGCUCUGCUGCUCCGGGAGUUUGAUCCCGAGCCCCGACUUUUGGGUCAGAGCGGUAAGGCAGGUACGUCGAGUGAGGGGCACUUGGACGUCGAGAAGAAGGCGGACCUGAUAUGCAAUCGCGGCCGCGUCUUUUAUGCUGGACAUGAUCUAAGGGAUCUCAACGUCGAAAGCUACAGGUCAGAGAUUGGUAUCAUCUCUCAACAUCUGCAGUUGUUUACUGGCAGCGUGCUCGACAAUGUCUCUGUCGGCUUGACUCAAGCGCAGUCCGAGAUCAUUACUGGUGAAGCUCUACGAGUCCGAGCAAAGGCAGCUCUUGUCAAGGCGCAGGCCUGGAACUUUGUGUCAGAGCUGCCUUCUGGCAUGGACACUCAGCUCAAGGGGGGCCAUUCCAACAUGCUCUCUGGCGGACAGAGACAAAGGCUCGCGCUAGCUCGAGCUCUCAUCCGCGAACCUACAGUGCUCUUCUUGGACGAAGCUACCUCAGCGCUCGACUCCAACACGGAGGAGCAGAUCCGGAUAGCGCUAGAGGCAGAGCAAGAAAUGAGGAGUAUGACCUGCUGCAUCAUAGCUCAUCGUUUGAGCACAAUUCGCCAUGCCGACAAGAUCGUAGUCUUCGCUGGAGGCAAGAUCGUCGAUCAGGGCACGCAUGAGCAAUUGAUGCAGACAGGGCGACGGGAUGAUACGUACCGGCGGAUGGUGAUGAGAACUCCCAACAGUCAAGGUCAAGAGGAGGGAACAUUUCCCAGCAACGAUGAGAAUGAGUUGUCUUGCACCUCUUCGCUGCCAAAGGAACGGCCCGGCUCACAGUCUUCCGAUACCAGCAAAGCCUCAUCCGACCUUGCGGCGAUCGGUACCUCGAUGGCUGAAGACGGUAUGACCCAAAGUGCCAAACCUGUUGCACGCGACGCAAUUUCAACGCCCUUGGCCCCUGCACUGCCAGUCUUGACCAAGGGCGCUUGGAAGCAGCUCUGGUCAAAGAGCGCGGACCGGCGCUUGGCUUUGGCAGUGGGCACGAUUGCAACCUCCCUCGGAGCCGCCGUCUUUCCAGUGUCCGGCUAUGUGACGGGAGAAGGCAUAGCCGCGAUUUCUUCUUCGGACCUAUCAUCUGUACGGACGAGAGGAUACUUCUGGGCCCUCAUCUUCCUUGCCCUCGGCUUUGCUGCCCUGCUCCUGUAUACGAUGCAAGGAUACUUCAUCGACGAAGCCUCGUCCUACAUAUGUACUGUGCUGAAGCGGGAUAGUCUAGAGUCCAUCCUCGGUCAGAGUAUGACUUAUUUCGAUCUGGCCUCUGCGGCGGAAGAGAAAGCCAAUGAACAAGAUGACUCGGUGACAGGGAGCGCUGCGAAUCUAUCUCAGCACCCCAGCAACAUUUCAACUGGGAUCUCAGUCGCUUUCGGGCAAUCCAUUCUCUGUCUGGGAAAUGUACUUGCGUCGUUUGGUAUUGGACUGGGCCUUUCGUGGCAAUUGACGUUGGUUGCCUUUGCGCCUCUCUUAUUGAUACCGCCUCUCAGCUACGCCACGAUCACUCGCCUCCAAGGCGCAGAGAAGCACUACACGCACAGGGCAGAGAGAUGCUCCACGUAUCUGUCCGAGCAGAUUGAUGGCAUCCGGACUGUGAUAGCAUUGGGUCGUCAGCGCUCGGUCCUCGCCACUUUCGAAGAGAAAGCAAAAGUGAAAGACCGCGUCGCUAGUCGACGGUCCCUGCUUUUGGGCACGCUUGCCUUUGCAGCUGGUCAGAGCUUCAUGCUCAUUCCAGCUGGUCUGAUCUUCUGGUACUCUGGAAGAUUGCUCGCCCAAGGGGACAUUGGGACAGCUGCAAUCUUUGGCGUCUUCGAGGUCCAGAUCAUUUCCGGAUUCGCAAUGGCGCGCUUUGUGUCACUUGUCCCUGACAUCGCCAGAGCAGCUGCGUCCAGCCGAGUGGUUUUUGGUUGGUUGUCCAUGGCGAGGCAAGAAGGGGCUAUCAACAGCCGUGAAGCUGUUGUCGCAGAAGACUCCUUUAAGAUUGGUGACAUUGGCUUCGAGGACGUGAUUCUGCACUAUCCACAGCGACCAGAAUACCCUGCACUGAGGGGCGUCACAUUGACGAUCAAAAGGGGCAGCACAAUCGCACUUGUGGGCACAUCGGGAAGCGGCAAGUCGACGCUCUUGUCUUUGCUUUCGGGUUUCUACGAGCCCACAUCGGGGCGUGUUCUGCUCGAUGGGAAGGAUCUGAGGGCUCUUGAUGUGAGGAAAGUGCGCAGUCGGUGUGCUCUUGUCUCGCAAGACGCAGUGCUGUUCCAAGGUACGGUGGCCGAGAACAUCGCUCUUGGCGCUGUUCGGCCGGAGCAAGCGUCAAUCGAGAGCAUCCGCUUUGCAUGCGAGCAAGCCGGGGUUUUGGACUUUGUGCAGAGCCUUCCAGAAGGCUUCGACAGUGAGAUCGGAUUGAAAGGACUGGAGCUCAGCGGUGGACAACGACAGAGGCUGUGCAUUGCUCGGGCCCUCAUUCGCUCUCCCGAGGUGCUACUGCUAGACGAGACUACCUCGGCGCUGGACGCAGAGAGCGAGGCCGUUGUCCAGGCUUCCCUCGAUCGAGCAUCCGAAGGGAGAACCACCAUCUUGGUUGCUCAUCGUCUAUCUACCGUUCGGAAUGCCGACUGCAUCUACGUCUUCGAAGAUGGUAGAGUGGUAGAGUCGGGAACUCAUCAGGAACUUUUGCGGGCCAAGGGAAGGUAUUUAGAGCUCAUCGAGGCACAAUUGUAAAUUAUUCACGAUUCCAUCCAGAGCUUGAAGCGUACUGUUGACGAAAAUGUGCAGGAAGACGUCUGCAAAAUAGUGUCUCACCCACUGCAAUCUCAUAUGCUCCUUUCCCCACCAUCCGCGCAUCGGAGCGGAAACAAGGCUUGGGCGAGUUGAGCUAUGUGCGGCACGGCCGUGAAGUGUUCUGAGAGCACGCCACCACUGGUGUAGGGGUCUGCUGUGACAGAUCAUUUUACGGCAACUCGAGGCAUAGCCCCUCUAGCUAGAUAUGUGAUCGAGUCCACUACGACAUCUCCACUGACGAUCCUUGUAUGAGGCAUUUUCGGCUUGACCGCCUUGAUAAUCUAGCGGAGGCCUUACAUGUCACUCGGUGGAGCAUCAGCUGCCGCUUCUCACAGCGUCGCUCGUUCUUUGGUGGCGCUGAGGAUCGCCUCACAGCGAGCAUCGUUAUGGCGG